AUUGGUUUGCAAUUUCUCGCAAUUUUUUAACAUUCCUGUUUACAGUAAAUGCCCAAGCUCCAUUCACAUUCUCUGCGUUAUCUCUACAACCCCCAAUAUCAUCAGUUGGAUCAAAUGCCACUGCUACUUGUAAUGUGACUUAUACUGCAAGUACAACAGCUACAUUAAGAUGGAAAAUAAAUGAUGUGGAAAUUGGUACGUACAGAAUUAAAAACAAUCAAGUUCCACAAUAUGUAAAUCUAGCUUCGAGUUAUGACACAUCAUCAAGCACAACUACAUCCAUUGUUAACACUAAUGACACUUUCCCCAUGAGCCUUGAAAUCAGGAAUGUUAAUUUGACCCUCAAUCAAUCAACAGUUUCGCUCAGUUGUUCGGCAGUCGGUUGUAUCACUCAAGUUCAGUUACAAAUCAAAGAGUGUUCAUCUCCAACACCCAACAAUGUUCCAGUCAACCCAUCAAGUGGUGUCUACAACACUCAAGCUAACUUCCAGUGUUCCCAUGGGUCAACUUUAUUUAAUAUGGAUGGAACAACUGGAAACACUGCAACCAAAUGCCUUGCUACAGCAGAGUGGGAGAAUGAAAAUAUAGUUCAAUGUUGGUCAGCACCAACUGCUACAUUGAUUGGCAACAAUACCAUUUGUGCUGGAAACAUUGCUACAUUCCAAUGUAAUGCAUCUGGGGGUGUUCCUUCUUUGGACAGAGUUGAAAUUUAUUUCAAUAAUCAAAACCAAACGUUGGUUGGAAACACAUGGACAAGCAAUCCACUGAGUAGUUCAAACAAUGGAGAUAUAGUGGAAUGUAGAGCUAUAAAUAGCUACACUGCCAUGCAGAAAUAUUCAAACUUGGGAAGGGACAGCAAGACAUUGAUUAUACACUAUGCAUCAACGAAUCCAAAGUUUGAAACCAAAUUCACGGAUCUGUUGAUCAAUUCAAGCAGUGAUUACCUGAUUAGAUCAGAUGAGACUUUGACCAUGAAUUGCUCAGCUGAUGGAAACCCUGCUGUAACUUGUACCUGGACUUGUUCUCCUACAAAUUGUGGUAGUUUACCAAACACUUGUGAGAUCAACAAUGUAAAUGUUACUGGUUCCACAACCAUCACAUGUACGGUUGGUAAUGGUGUUUGUGGAGGUGGUACUACCAGUAUUACUCAACACAUAACAGUGGUAUCUAAAACUAGAGUACCAAACAUAAUGGUUGAUGGAACAACAACGGCAUCUUCUACCAUCACAAGAAACAAAACAGAAAGUUUAAGUUUAUCCUGUGGAAUUGUCAACCAGAAUGAAAUGAACACGUUAAUAAUUUUGAAGAAAGAUGGAAUUAAAAACUUUGGAUCAAAUAAUGUGACCAUAAACAAUCUAUCCCCAGAAGAUACAGGAUCAUAUUCUUGUCACACAAGCGAUGCUUUUGGAAAUUUUUCAUCAUCUUUAUACGUUGAUGUAUAUUAUGCAGCUGAAGGAUUUGCAGUGAAUGAUGGUACAACUAGCCACAGUAACAUAUGUACAUGGUAUAUUGCCCCACCUGGUCCAAGAUCAUGUACCAUCACAUUCUCACUUAACCCAACUACUUAUACAACCACUUUAACAAAGGAUGGAGCCAUGGUAACGAAUGAUGCAACUAAUCAGCCACAAACAUCAACAUCACAAAGUUUUGUUUUUACUCGAAACCAGGUUUGAAAUUGUUAAAAAUAAAUUGUAAUCC